AUGUCUUCCCAAACAUUUCUUCCGAUUUUCUCCCCUCCAUCAUCGCCUUCGCCCGUUCUACGUCCCCGACGUCCAAGCCUAGAACCGGAGCGUGAAAUUCUUUCCACCAGAGGCCAACACAUAUUGAACCUUUUCCCUUCUCGUACAUCGAGCCUUGCCUUGAACGAUCUCGAUGACGAUACACCUGAAAGGCGACUUAUUCUCAGACGCGGAUCGUUGUUGAUUGGACACAGUAAUCCUCGAUAUGAGUGGAAACGCUACUACAAAUCACCCGAGUCAUUAAAGAAUCUUCCAAAGGAAAUUCGGAAAUACCAUGAACGAAACAAUGGACUGAUCUCCCAAUAUCUCUAUAUUGACCGACUACUGGAUUCUUCGCUACCCCAUAACCUGAUCGAAGACUACAAUGGAUGCAAUCACCAUUCUUCGGGAAACAGAAUUCUUCAGCCGUCUGCGUUAGAGGAUAACCAGACCGAGGCACCAGAACCCAAUCCCAAGAUCGGAAGGGUCAAACGCACCCCGCAUAAUCUUUAUCGGAUCCCCGAUGAGACGACACCCUUGGUUCAUUCUUCCGACGCAGAAGACAGCCCAUUGGAGCCAUUCCCUGACCUCGAAUCGCAUGGUGGAAUGUCCCUAGAUGACGAGGAGCGCGUCAUCAACCUGGCCAUUCGCCUCAAUUUUGUCGCCAACGUUGCUCUCCUAGCUUCAAAGAUCGCUAUCAUGGCAAUGACUAACUCCAUGUCUAUGCUCGCAGGUCUAGUUGAUGGGGUUUUGGACUUUCUUAGCACAGUGAUUGUCUGGGUGACCACCAUUAUGAUCCGCCGACAGGAUCGCAACCGGUAUCCCAUCAGCCGACGCCGGUUAGAGCCUGUCAGUGUGUUGAUCUUCUCGGUGAUCAUGGUGACUUCCUUUUUUCAAGUAGCGCUGUCUUCUAUCAAACAAUUGAUUGGGGACGACCGCACGGUUGUUAAGCUAUCCAUCCCAUCAAUCUCGCUGAUGGGCGGUACAGUUUUGGUUAAGCUCCUCUGCUGGAUCUGGUGCCGAUUGAUUCCUAGCCCAAGCGUCCAGGUCCUGGCCCAGGAUGCCAUGACUGACGUUGUCUUUAACACGUUCAGCAUCAUCUUCCCACUGGUUGGUACUGCUGCAAAUCUCUGGUACUUAGAUCCCUUGGGUGGUCUAUUCCUCUCCUUCUACAUCAUGUGGAACUGGGGUCAGACCGCUGCGGAAUACAUCCAGCGCCUGACGGGUGCGGCUGCCUCUCCCGACGAUCAUAGUGUUUUGCUGUAUAUGACCAUGCGGUUCUCCCGGGUGAUUCAUAAAAUUCAGGACUUGAAAGCCUACUACGCGAGUGAUAAGCUGAACGUUGAAGUUGACCUUGUUGUGGAUGAAAAGAUCAGCUUGCGGGAUAGUCAUGACGUUGGUGAGAGUUUGCAGUAUAUCAUCGAGAGUGUGCCUACUGUCGACCGUGCCUUUGUGCAUUUGGACUAUGAUGAAUGGAACCUGCCCAGCCAUAUGAACCAGAUGGACCGGUAA